AAAAAACGAAGCGAAACGAAAGUUAAUGUUUUUGUUUCGUGAGGAAACGAUUAUUUUAUUUUAUUUGCUGUGAUAAAGUUCUUAGGCAGUGAAAGAAGGCCCUACGUAAUCAUUAUCCGUUGAUAAUUGAUAAUAGUGUGCCAUCUCAUCCAAUCUCAAGAUGAACAACUCAUGGAAUGGUAAUGGCCAGUUUGCGCAAGACAUGCACCACAUGCCGCCGCUGCUUCCGCCUCAAGUGCCCCUGAUUGGUCCGAUGGACGACAUGCCUGGACCCCGCAUGCCGCAUGUCGACGCUAUUGGUCCUCAGGGCAUGCCUCCGGGAAUGAUGCCCAAUGACCAGAACCAGAUGAUGAUGGACCUUUCGCAUGAAGAUCAGGGCAAUCAGAGGCCGGGGAAUAGAGGAUCCAGGGAUAGACGGGACAUGCAAGGGCAUAGAGGACAACGCCGUCGGUCCAGAGACCGUCAUGACAGGGACAGAUCACGCAUUGAUGAUGGUCCCGGUGACAGAAACCGAGGGAAUCAGGGCCCGCGCGAUAGAGGUGACUACGGUGGGAAGGGAAGAGGUGGCCGGUCUGAUCGUCCCCGGCAGAACAGGUGGGGGGAUGGACCUGAUGCAAUGGGGCCUGGUCCUAUGGGGGACCAUGGACCAAUGGGAGGUCCUGGGCCUAUGGGAGGGCCUGGACCUAUGGGAGGGCCUGGACCUAUGGGAGGGCCUGGACCUAUGGGAGGUCCUGGACCAAUGGGCGGUCCUGGACAUAUGAACCAGGGAGGCCCAGGGAUGCCACAAGCCUCUAACAUGAUGAUGCAAGGUGGAGGACAAAUGAUGCAGUACCCCGGCGGCAUGUACAACAACGGCAUGAUGGGGCAGGCUCCCAUGGACAUGGGCAACAUGAUGCCCAUAAACCCCAUGAUGGGCUCCGGCAACCCGUCCAUGAUGAUCGACCAGGGUAUGAUGGGCAACAUGUACCCGCAAAUGAACCCGAUGAUGGGAGGCAUGAUGCCUUUAAACAGCCAGCUGAUCUACCUGUCCGAAGCGGUUCUUUUGCCACCGAUUCCCGGUGCAUCUCUACCGGAACGGCGAGACAAGCCUCCGGGCUGCUGCACUAUCUUUGUAGGAGGUCUGCCAGAUAAGAUCAAUGAGGAGAUACUUAAGGAGAUAUUCCAGAAAUUUGGCAAGAUUAAAGACCUGAUGCUGAACAGGAAGGGGUUCUGUCACAUCAGGUUUGCGAUGCCGGAGAGUGUGGAGGCGUCAUUCAGUCUGUCGGGGUACAGGUUCAGAUACCAGGAUCAGAUUGAUGCAGAGGCCACGACUUUGUUCUUGGACUAUGCCUUGAACCGCGACGACCAACAAGAGUACGAGCGUUCAAAACGCGCGCGCGAGCCGACGCCGCCGCGCAUCGAGCCGUUCACGCCGACCGCGCUCGCCGCGCUCGCAGACAAGAUCAAGAGCGAGGACCACUUCGCAGACGCUGCGCCAACGCUAGCGGGCUGGCUGGAGCGCGGGGAGGUGUCCAAGAAGAACGCCAACACGUUCUACUCCCUGAUCCAGGCAAGCAACAACCAGGUCCGAAGACUCUUCAACGAGAAGAUGCAAGUGGACGAGGAGCUGGCCAACCUCAAGUCAGCUAUGCGGGACAAGUUCCUGCGUAUCCUGAGCCAGUUCGAGCAGGUCGCGAAGAUACUGUCGGCGGCGAAGCUGCAACGAGUGUGGGACCACUUCUCCAAGCAGCAACGGCGCAAUAUCGAGAUGUGGCAGAAAAUGACUUCGGAACUGGAUACCAUGAAGGAAGAGUUCAACGGAUACUUCGAUGAAGAGGAAGAGAAGACCGACAAACCUACUAGCAAGAAGGUCUUAGAGGAGAAAUACGAAGAGUUGAAGCGCGAGAACGAGACGCUGCAGUACGAGCUGGCGGGCUACAAGAACGAGUCCUACAUGGCCAAGGAGGAGGCGGAGAGAAAGUUCGAGAAGUUCAAGGCACAGUUCAUAGCUCAGCAGGCGCUGCAGGGGUCGCCGCAGGUGUUCCCACCGCUGCCACCCACACCAGACCAGAAGAAACCGCCAAAACCCAUCGACCUGGAUGACGAAAAACACCCAGUUUCUGGCAUCAAAGUACCCACCACCGAAGCCAGACUUAUCAGCGUCAUCACAGCGUUCCUAUUGGUCCACCCGCUAGGGGCGUCCGUAGACUAUAUUGUGUCGUAUGUCAGGUCGAUAUUGCCACGAGUCAAUCAAACGACAGUCAGUGACAUAUUGCAGAAGUAUGACGAUGUGUUUGCUCAGACCACCACGGGUGUUGGAGCGAGCAUUGAGCGCCGCUGGACGUAUAUCACGUUCGAUACUAUUAAAGCUAAGUCUUAGUUUGGUAUUUUAGUGUUUAGUUACGAUUUCUAUAACUAUGUUUCGUAAUGUUAGCAAUAGUUGAUGGUUAGGUUAAGAUAUACUUAUGUUAAGUUCCAUUCAUUUUCAACAUACUUAAUAAUCUUUAUAAUAAAGUGUGACAUCCUAUAUUUA